CAGGCCACUUCUGCUUCUGAUCACUAACUACACAGAACACUGAUUCAAGGACACAUCUGUUCUGGAAUCAGACACAUUUGCAUUCAAGGCCCCACUCUUCCCCUUACUAGCCCCAUUGCCUUGAGCGAAUCACUUAGCCUCUCUGAGCCUUCAUUUCUUCUCAGUAAAAUUGGGGUAAUAAAUGCCUACCUUGUAGGGCUAUUGUGAUAAUUGAAUGAGACCAUAUGUGUAGAGUAUUAGCAGAACACCCAGCUCAUAAUAAAGUACUCAAUAAAUUGGAGCUGUUAAAAUGCUUGCCACCAUAUCACCAUCACCAUCAUCGUUCCUGGGGGUGGGCUCUGCUAGCUCUGAUACUCAUACCCUUCUUCCCAGGGACAGAACUGCCCAGCCCUCCAUCUGUGUGGUUUGAAGCAGAGUUUUUCCAUCACAUCCUCCACUGGAUGCCCAUCCAGAAUCAGUCUGAAAGUACCUACUAUGAAGUGGAGCUCCUGAGUUAUGGAAUGGAGCUCUGGAAGUCCAUCUCUAGCUGUAGCCAGACCCUGGUGCCAUGCUGUGAUCUCACCAUGGUGACCCUAGACCUGUACCACAACAAUGGCUACCGAGCCAAAGUCCGGGCAGUGGAUGGGAGAAAGCACUCCAACUGGACUAUCACCAGGACCCGCUUCUCCAUAGAUGAAGUGAAUCUGACAGUUGGCAGUGUGAAGCUAGAGGUGCACAGUGGCCUCAUCCUCGGAGAGAUCCAACCGCCCAGGCCCAAGAUGGCCCCUGAAGGUGACACAUAUGAAAGCAUCUUCCCACACUUCCGCGAGUAUGAGAUUGCAAUUCGCAAGGUGCCAGGACACAAUAAGCUCACAAAGAAGGUAAAACAUGAAAACUUCAGCUUUCCAACCCCUGGUGAGGUGGGAGAGUUCUGUGUUCAGGUGAAACCGUCUGUGAGCUCCCGCAUCAACAAGGGGAUAUGGUCCGAGGAGGCGUGCAUCGUUGUUUCCCGGCAGUAUUUCACCAUGACCAAUCUCAGCAUCUUCUUUGCCUUUGUCCUGCUGCUCUGUGGAGUCCUGGCCCUCCUGGCCCUCCAGCUGUAUGUGAGGCGCAGGGGAAUACUACCUUCUGUCCUGGUGUUCGAGAAGCCCAGUCCCUUCAACCUUAUCGGUCAGCUUCCCAGCCCAGAGACCCAAGACACCAUCCAUCCUAUCGAUGAGGAGGCCUUCUCCAAAGUGUCCCUGGAGCUGAGGAACUCAGAGCUACAUGGCAGCACAGACAGUGGCUUUGGCAGUGCCAAGCCAUCCUUGCAGACUGAAGAGCCCCAGUUCCUCCUCCCUGACCCUCACCCCGAGGCCGAGAGAACUCUGGGAAAGGGAGCCUCCUUGGAUCUGGACAAUAGCUGCAGUGGUGGCAGCAGCAAUAGCACAGAUAGUGGGAUCUGCUUGCAGGAGCCCAACCUGAGUCUGGGCAUGGUGCCCAGCUGGGAGCAGCAGGUGAAGAGUAAUAGCCAGGGCCAGGAUGACAGUGGCAUUGGCCUUGUGCAAAACUCUGAAGGGCAGCCAGGGGAUGUACAAGAUGGCUCAGCUCCAGGCCAGGUCAGUCCCCUGGGGCCUGAGGUGACUAAGAAAGAAGACCCAGCUGUGGUGACAUUUCAGGGCUACCUAAAACAGACCAGAAGCACAGAGGAGAAGGCAGCCAAGGAAAGCUGCCUGGAAGAAGAGUCCUCCUCAACAGAUGGCUUUGGCCCCCCAAUCAGGAUGUGCCUGGAUGCUGAGGAAGCCUGGCCUCCACCAGUCCUGGCCAAGGGCUAUUUAAAACAGGAUCCCCCAGAAGUGACUGUCGCUCCCUCAUGGGCCCCAGCUGGACAGUGGAACCACCCAAUGGAGGAGUGGUCACUCUUGGGCUUGCCCAGCUGUGGUGACCUAGGAACAUCUAAUUGGAGCUUUGCCCAUGGUCUUGCCCCUCUGGACUGUGUGGUAGCCCCAGGCAGUCUUCUGGGCAGUGUUGACUCAAACCUGGUCACCAUGCCACUGAUUGCCACUCUGCAUUCCAAUGAGUGACUCAGGCAAAGGGGCUGCUUUUGAUUUCCGUCAUGUCCUUCAUGGACUAGGAGGAAGGGCCCAAGGGGUCAGAAGUGAAACAUGAUGCCAGUCUGGGCACCUUUCUGCAAGCCCAGUGGGGCCCAGCAGUGCUGGCUGAGGUCCUGGGCAGGAGAAGGCCAUCUCACUGACCAGCAGAGUGUGUGGGUGGUCUCUUCCAUAGACAGGGCCCUGCUGACUCUGGCAGAGCUGAGAAGGACAAGUCAGAGACCUCCUCUUUCCUCAGGACUUCCUAUAUAAUGAGGAGUAUUUGAUCAGUGGAAUCAUGGGGCUUCUGGAAUUGUGGUGAAGAUGCUGGGGGAAGCCAGCUCCAACCCAGGUCUCCCCGCUUAUGCCAGCCAUGUGUCAGAUCCUCCAGUGAGAUGGAGACUGGAAGGAUGCAGUCUUCAGGGCCCCGGAGCAGGGGUCAUUUCUAUGGGGAGAAGGAAGGAGCAAUGACCAAGUUUAAUCCCUGAAAGGGUCACCUGACCACUAACCAGCCUGGAAUGGGCCCUGUGGAGAAGCUCCCUCACUAGCAGGCCCCCAAGACAGGAAGCUUGUCAUAGAUCUUAUGGUGGUUCUGUACUGGUCAGCCAGUCAGUCAGUUAGCUAUCAUAAUGGAGCCACAGGGGAAAAUAAAAGGAACUAAGACCCAAAAGGGGGCUUCUGGCUCAGAACUCACCCCCCUAGGGCUGUCUCAUGUCCACAUGCAGACAUGUCCCUCUUUCCAGCCAACACAGCAGCAGCCCCCUGAGGGGCUUGCAGUGGCCACACCACUCAUCAGCCUCAUUUUGCUGCCCCAUCAUUUACCAACAAUGCCAGAAAAAUCAUGUGUGUUGUGUUGGUCAGAAGUCAGCCCUUUAGGUAGCCCCUGGGUAUGGGCACCUCCUUGUCUGCCUCAGGGUCAGGGUCAGGACCUAAGCUUGUCUGCUGCUGACGUCAAGCCUCAGGCCCCCGGGACAGGGCCCUGGGCUGUGAUCUUGCUCUCUCAGUGCUCAGCUGUGUGACCUUGGACCAUCCACUUUUCAGAGGGUCUCAGGAACCCCAUCUGCAGAAUGAAGUUCUCUCCAUGCUGAAUGUUAGUGAAGCUUCCACCUGUGUCUGACCUGGGCUGGGAAGAUACACCACAGAACCCAUGUCUGCACAGAGCCAGCUUCCUUCACAUGCUGGGGCUAACAGGUGGAGCAGAGUCCACGGCAUCAUGCUGUAAAAGCUCUAGACACUGAGCCCCACAAGGGGCAGGUGUGGGCCCAGCUUCCCAGCAGUCAGUUUGGAAUAUGAAUUUAAAGCUGAUUUAAAAUCCAUGGACAAGGAACUGGGAGGCGUGACAGGCCUGGGGUACGCCCUCCUAAGUCUUCCCAUGGCCUUGCAUUUCUCUGUGCCUGAGAACAGAUGUGCUAGCCCAGGGAAUCCAGCCAGAACCCCUCCAUCCUGCCAGCGAGCUCUAAAUGCCAGCCUUGUAACAACUCCCUCUGGAAACAGGCUUGAGGGAAGAUCCCUCAGGUUUCCCUUGGAAGGGUUAUUUAUUUAUUUAUUUAACUUUAUUUAUUGGGAGGCAGCAUAGUACAGUGAAAGAAUUCUGAGUAUUUCAAGAGCCCAGAAGUUCCAGUUCAGACUCCACUGCUUCUAGCUGUGUGACCUUGGGAAAGUCACUUGUCCUCAUCUGUUUUCUCAUCUGUAAAACUAGAGAGCAGCACCUGACUUGUUUCAUCCCUAGGGGUGUGAGAUUCCCCUGACAAAGUGGUUGUGAAUGUGCCUUGAACACAAAACUCUGUAAAUGAGUGAUGUGUUUUUAAUGUGAAUAAAUUGUCAAGACCAAAGGAAUCAUGUGAAAUCAGUCUGAUUUCUGAUGACAUAGUACCUGGUGGAGGAAUAAAGUUGUUGAUAAUUGGGGAUGAUAAUGAAUAAAACGUGUGAUGUCACCCUAA